CAUAGCAGUCAAGUUCUUUCCAGCAACGCGCAGAGUAAAAAUGGCAUUCCUUAAGUUCACUUUGGUAUUUGUGGCUCUUUUCGCCACCACCCUGGCCAUGAGCGCCACCUGGGGUAAACGCAACACAACUGAUGUUUUGUUGUUGAACGAAAAUGUUUUCCGUACUCCCGUUGCCAAUUCUUUCAUUUCCGUUGAUGUCUCCUUCCCCAAGAGUGGCCAAACCAAUACCCGCCAAAUCACCGCCGUCUUUGUGUACGAUCGUUUCACCAAUAGCUCUGGUGCCACCCCAACCUUGUGGUCUGGCGGUCCUGGCUAUACCAUGGCCUUGGUCAACUUGAAAUCUCAAAUGAGCCGUGGCAUCAACUCCACUGUUGAAAUUUGGGGUAAAAAGUAAACGAGAACUCUCUAAAGGACUUAUUUGACGAAUUAAAAAAAUGGAAUAAAAAAUAUUUAAAAUUUUCGAAAGAAA